UGUUUAUGAUGGUAUUUUGCAAAUGUGGUGCCUAGAAGGCGCGGUGCCGGUACCGGAUUCCCGCUCCCGCCUAAAACGGCCGUCCUCCUUUCCCGUUAUCUGUGUAUCUGUGAGUUGUGACUGUGAACUGAAGCGGUGGGCUGGCUUUUUCUUUCCUCGGAUUCCACUUCGUCCUUCGCCCUUUUUCGCAUCGGUGAAACUCCCGAUAACUGAAAACUGCGACCACUCGUUUCUCGGCUGACAAUUUUCGACGAUCUGCAAAAAUAAAAUAAAUGUCUUCAGAGUCGAAGGAAGUCCCAUCCGACGUCCUGGCAGAGGUGGAAAAGCUCGACCGGGAAUACGAAGAAGGAUUUUUCACCAAAAAAGGGUUUUAUUACAAGAAAUGGCUUUUGCUGAAGCCGUACGCAGGGAGUGAACUCGUCCACGAUGUGGAAUCCAACAAUGAGCGUUUGGACAAGAAAGAAAUCCAACAGGAUGAAUAUUUUAGCAGUAUGAGUGAGAUUUUAUCUAAUGUUAUAAAGUUCAAAUCAAGCGGAGCUGACAGUUUGGAGGGCGAAGAAAUAAUCGAGAGAACUCCCUCUCCCUGCAGAGAAGACUUUUACUCUUCUCCAAUUCCAGGACCAUCAACAGCCACCACCCCUCGUUCUUACAAGAGAUCUACAUCUCCAAGAACUUCAAUUGUAAAAACUAGGAGAUCGACCAGGAGGAGUAGUGGUCCGAGCUCUGACCAGAAUACAAUAACAGAAAUGUUUUUAAACUCACCAAAGAAUCAGAAACCACAUGGAUCUGGAGAAAUAGGCAAAACAGAGGAAAGCGUCAAUAAAAAAAAAGAGGGUGCGAAGAUCAAAACACCAAAAAGGAAUUCUCUGAAGUGGAAUUCAUUGGUUAUGAAAGACGAGGACAAAGAAAAUAUAAAUGAAAAUGGUGAAUUAACUGAGAAAGUAUGUAAUGGCACUUUCAAGUCCGACCUAGAAGAUGGGAAUGUAAAAUAUGAAAAUCUGGAUGAUAUUAUUGGGGUACCAAAAAACAAUGGAGCUAUGGAAUUAAAUGAGAGUGACAAAACAACCCAACCCAAUAAGAAAAACUCAAACGGCAUUGAUGAUGAACUACCUGUCAAAAUGGAUGAGAAUUCUGUGAUGAAACAUGAUAUUUUUUAUGACAAUGGAUUUGACAAAAGAAAAUCUGAUGGAGAUAUGAACGAUGACGAUUGCGAAGAUGAUUUAAGCAGUAAAAAAAUAAAGCUAGAAAAUGAGCCAAAAAAGGAAAGAGAAAAGAUAAAAACUAGUUUAAAUCUAACUAUAGCCAAGAUGAAAUCUGUGACAAAGCGGUGUGAUAUUUGCUGUCAGUUGCUUGAAUCCGAUAUUAAACUAUAUGAAGGGCAUCCCAACAAUGCUGUAGAAGAGUUUGUCGCUUUAACCGAUCCAAAAUUGAGCCUGUUUACAGGUGAUGAAGAAGUUGUUGAUGAUUAUGAUUCUCGCCCUCAGAACAAAAUUACCCAUUUUAGUAUUUAUGACAAAGCGGGACACUUAUGCCCAUUUGACAAUGGCUUAGUUGAAAGAAACGUCCUUCUUUAUUUUUCUGGGUAUUUAAAACCAGUUUAUGAAGAGGAUGGAAGAAUUGAGGGGGGAAUUCCAACUAAAGAUUUAGGGCCAAUAAAUGAAUGGUGGAUUUCCGGUUUUGACGGAGGUGAAAAAGCUUUAGUAGGAUUCUCAACAGAUUACGGUGACUAUUUCUUAAUGGAACCUAGUCCUCAAUAUGCACCAAUGAUGGAAGGUGUUAAAGAAAAGACAUACCUGGGGAAAAUUGUUAUUGAGUUUUUAUUAGAUGAGGAAAAUCCUUCGUUCGAAGACCUACUAAAUAAACUACAGACGACUGUCCCACCACCUGGGGUGCCAAAACUUACAGAAGAUUCCCUUUUGCGCCAUGCACAGUUUAUCUGUGAUCAGGUUCUCAGCUUUGAAGCUGCAUCAGAAACCAAUGAUAAUACAUCUCUUAUUACAACGCAGUGCAUGAGAUCUUUGGUACACCUUGCUGGAGUCACUUUUAGAAAGCGGCAAAUAAUGCGUAAAUCUGAAAAGAAACAGUUUAAUGUUAAGAAACCCGUUUGGAGCAAAGCUACAACAACGCCUUUGGUCAAUAAUGUUUUUGAAACAUUUUUUUCUGAACAACUGGACAAUACCGAUGGUGAAGUUAAGGGACCAAAGAGGAUGAGGUGUGGAAUCUGUGAAGCUUGCCAAAUGGCUGACUGUGGUACAUGUGUGCAUUGUCGUGACAUGGUGAAGUUUGGAGGUUCGGGGAGAAGCAAACAAGCUUGCAUUAAGCGGAGGUGUCCAAAUAUGGCGGUGCAAGAAGCUGAUGACUCUGAACCUGAAGAUGAGUAUAGCUAUCAAGAAGCGGCGGAGAAAAUAUUAAAGGGUGAAGUCAAAGUUAGAAGUGCUAGAACAACAGGAGGAAAGAAACAAGUCGAAUGGACUGGAAUAAUUGUUGCUGAUGACGGAAGAAGAGUAUUUUAUAAGACUGCAAUUGUUGGAGGAGAGGAAAUUUCUGUUGGAGAUUGUGUCAGUGUCGAACCAGUAAAUCCGACGACACCCCUUGUUAUUGGGAAAGUUUUGUACAUGUGGGAAAAUAAAUUUUCACAAAAAUUCAUGCAUGCCCAUUGGUUUCUACGUGGAUGUGAAACAGUGCUUGGUGAAACAGCAGAUCCUCAGGAGCUGUUCCUGGUUGACGAAUGUGAGAAUUCUUUGUUAAAUGGCAUUUAUAGCAAGGUUACUGUUCUGAAAAAGACCCCUGGAGACAAUUGGUCUAGAGAGGGUGGAGACUCCCUCUCUGCCCAAUCCCUUUUCAUUGAUCCUAAAAACGAUAAAAUGUUUUUUUAUCAGAAAAGAUACAAUGAGAAUGUGGGACGGUUUGAAGAUCCAUAUGAAGAUCCUGUUUGUUCAAAUCAAAGUAUCGCUCAUAGGUUUUGCCCCUCUUGCGAGCGACUGUAUCAGCAGCAAAAAUUUGAAAACCCAUCUGUCCAAGGAAAAAUUGAAGAAUCCUCAGAUUCUAAACUGGGCCAUUAUGAAUUAGUAAAAUGGAGAGGUGAUGAGUACACUGUAGGGUGUUGUGUUUAUCUAUCUCCAUCAGUGUUCAAAUUUAAGACAUACGGGAAUGUUUAUAAACCCUUAUCCCGUAAAGGUGAAAAGGAUGUGAAUGAAGACCUCUAUCCUGAGUUUUAUCGUAAAAGCUCUGACCAUAUUAAGGGGUCCAACAUAACAACACCAAGUCCAUUUUGUAUCGGCUUAAUUGUUGACAUAUUCACCAAUUCUAAAGAUAAAAUUGUCGCUCCUGCUGAUAUUUGUAUUCGUGUCAUAAAAUUCUACCGUCCAGAGAAUACGAGUGGUAUCACGAGUCAGUUAACCCAUAUCGAUCUGAAUAAAUUAUAUGCUUCGGAUGAAGAAGUGAUAGUUAAUUUUGGCGAUGUCACUGGAAAAUGUGCUGUUGUGUAUAGUGAAAAUCUGAUUGAAGACAUCUAUACAUGGUCUAAAGAAGGGCCAAAUAGAUUUUAUUUCAAUGAAGCCUAUGAUUCACAAACUCAGACACUCGUCGAGCCUUCUAGGACUGUUAAAAUGCUAGGAAAUGCUGGAAAAGGAAAGGGAAAGGGCAAAGCAAAAGUGGAAAGAAAAAAGAUAGAAAUUGCUGUGUGGCCUACAAUCAAAAGACCUUUGAGAUGUCUAGAUGUUUUUGCUGGCUGUGGAGGUUUAUCUGAAGGCCUCCAUCAGAGUGGGGUUGCUGAAACAAAAUGGGCGAUUGAAAAGGAAGAAGCAGCAGCCAAUGCGUUUAGACUCAACAAUCUGUCGGCGACAGUUUUCUCCGACGAUUGCAACCAUCUUCUUAAACUAGUAAUGAAUGGAGAGUUGAAAACUGAUAAAGGGCAAAAAUUACCACAAAAAGGUGAAGUUGAGUUACUCUGCGGUGGACCUCCUUGCCAAGGUUUCAGCGGUAUGAACAGAUUUAACUCAAGGCAAUAUUCAAUUUUUAAGAAUUCAUUAAUUGUCUCUUACUUGUCGUAUUGCGAUUAUUAUCGUCCGAGAUUCUUUAUAUUGGAAAAUGUUAGGAAUUUUGUUUCCUUCAAAAGGAACAUGGUCCUGAAAUUGACACUGCGAUGCCUUAUAAGAAUGGGUUAUCAAGUUGCAUUUGGUAUUCUCCAAGCCGGUAAUUAUGGUGUACCUCAAACAAGAAGAAGGGCCAUUAUACUAGCAGCGGCACCUGGUGAAGUGUUACCAAAUUUUCCUGAACCCCUACAUGUCUUCAAUCCACGUGCGACACAAUUGACAAUUAUGGUCGAUGACAAAAAAUUGGUAUCUAAUUGCCAAUGGGUUGAAUCUGCACCCUUCAGGACCAUUACUGUCCGGGAUGCUAUGUCUGAUCUACCUCAAAUUCCUAAUGGAUUUAGGGAUGAAGAGAUACCGUAUAUUGGAGAACCUAUUUCACAUUUUCAGAAACAGAUGAGAGGAAGUCAGUACCAAACCAUCCUCAGGGAUCACAUUUGCAAAGACAUGGCACCUAUCGUAGAAGCGAGAAUAUCACAAAUUCCGACAGCAAGUGGCUCUGAUUGGAGGGAUUUGCCUAACAUUAGUGUUAGGCUGAACGAUGGUACCCACACUAAAAAAUUAAUUUAUACACACCACGACAAAAAAAAUGGAAAAUCCAAAACCGGGGCAUUACGAGGAGUAUGUGCAUGUGCUACUGGGAAGCCUUGUGACCCUAUGGAUCGUCAGUUUAACACAUUGAUCCCUUGGUGUCUGCCUCACACUGGAAACAGGCACAACCACUGGGCCGGUUUAUACGGUCGACUCGAAUGGGACGGCUUUUUCAGUACGACUGUUACUAACCCUGAGCCCAUGGGGAAACAGGGGCGAGUCCUCCAUCCUGAGCAAACAAGAGUGGUCAGCGUUCGAGAAUGUGCAAGAUCUCAGGGUUUUCCAGACAAGUACAGAUUCUAUGGAACUAUCCUUGACAAACAUAGACAGGUAGGAAAUGCAGUUCCACCGCCUUUGGGGGCUGCUCUUGGUCGUGAAAUUAGAAAGUGUGUCAGCCAAAAGGAGAAAACAAUUCAACUAAAAGAAGAAACAAUAUCAAAAAUGGAAAUUGAUGAUUGAGUUUUAUUCUUAAUAAACAUUUUUUUUAUCAUU